AUGAAAAGUAUUAUUGAUGAUAUAACUAAUCAAAUAUCACCUGUAAAACGUUUUUGUAGUAAUGUAACUUGCUUACUUGACUUACCAAAUGAAAUUCUGUUGAUGAUUUGCCGUUAUUUAUCAACAUAUGAUAUUCUUCAUUGUUUUUAUACACCUGAUAAACCGAAUUCAUAUCUUCAUGGUUGGGUUCAUAAUUAUUAUAAAAAGAUCAAUCUUGAUCGAAUGACAUUGUACAAAUGUGAUUAUGUGUUCAAUUUAUUUUAUGAUUCAAAUAAUCUUAUUCGACCUAAAUUAUUAACAUUAUAUAAUGAAUAUAGUUUUUGUUCAACUAAACAUUAUUUUUUCCGUUUACCUGAUAAUAUAAUUCAAUCAGUAUUGAUUAAUUUGACACAUCUUACUUUAAUCAAUUGUACUUCGCAGGAUCUUGAUACUAUCAAAAAAUAUUAUACGGAUUGCAGAAAACUUGAAUAUUUUCAUGCUACUAUACAUAAACAUGAUACAAAACUAGAAGAUUCUCACAUAGAUAAACGCGAGGAAUUAUUCAAUAAUAUAUUAUUUACCGGUCAAAUGUGUAGUCUACAUACAGUUACCAUUGAAUCAUUGGAUGGUCUUGCAUUAUAUAGAUCUUUAAAACCUCAUCAAAGUCUUCGUCAUUUUAAUGUUGUGUUACACACAAUUGAUGAUUUAUACAUAUUACUCAGUGGACUUGUACCAAAUAUCGAAAUACUCAUUGUUCAAUUGCGUCAAUCACGUAAAUCAACAAGUUACACUCAUGAAUGUAAAGUAUUGUGUUCUCAAUUGUUCAAUUUUACAUUAUUGGAAAGUUCUACUAAUAUAAAUCUUGAUGAUAUUGAAUCUAUACUUGGUUACAUGCCUAAUCUUCGUAAAUUAACAUUGAGUAUUCGUGAUACACCUGAUUCAAGAUUUACUGAAGGAUCGACAAUGGAAUAUAUGCUAAUAAAACAUGUUCCUCAUCUUGAUCAAUUUGAUUAUACAAUGACACAUCGAAUUGGUAAUCAAAUAUCUAUUGAUGAUUUUAUUAUAUGGACAAUGGAUAUUGUCUUUUAUGAAAAUGAAAAUAUUAGAUGGAUACAUUUAUUUUCACUUCCAUGGCCAUCAAAUCGACAAGAUAAACGAGAAGUACCGAUCAUUAAUGGUAAAUACAAUAUAUCAGUUACAUCAGAUGUCAAAUAUACUCACUAUCUCAAUCAUGUUAAUAUAACAACAAAUGAUGAAAUGUUGGACAUUGAUGAAAAAUUUAGUCGAAUUCGUGAACUUACAACUUGUUUAUCAAUUAAUAUGAAAUUACCACGACGGAUUUCUAAAUUAAUUCUUAAUGUACAAGCACCUGUUAGUUCGAUGAACUCUAUUCCACAAGAACAUAUUCGUCAUUUGAUUGUUGAACGUCGUUUAAUAAAUGAAAAUGAAAUUAAUGUACUUGCUCACCAAUUUCCCAAUGUAGAAUAUUUAGAAUUAUUAUUUCCAUUAGAAAAGGUAUCAUUUCUUCGAUGUUUUCAAACACUUUUUCGUCUUGCUGAUAACAAUGAAAAGUGUUGUUUUUGGUCUGAAAUGAUUAGCUUUCAUACAAGAUAUACUUAUAAUCAAUCAUGUUCGAUUUGGAGUAGCGACGACCUUCACUAUUGGCUUAUUUCAAAUACUGACCUAAAGUUUCGACGAAAACGAAUUUAUACUUCGGUUUCGAACUCAACAUUUUCUAUUUCGCUUUGA